GUCAAUUUGACAGAUAGCAGACAUGGUUGAUUUCGUGUCAAAAUAUUGUUGUUUUGUCUCUUGUAUUUUGCUGUAAAAAUCGCAUAAUAUGUCAUAAUUUUAAUAUUUUCUAUUUAUUUUAUUAGAUAACUACGUGAAUUACAAAUAAGUUGGUCGGAAAUUUAUAAUGUUUUGGUGAUUACAAUCUUCAUAGUGUGGUAGUCAUGUCAGACUGCGCGUUAGUGGCCAAUGUAAACGAACACGAUGCGAGCAUGGACGUGGGGAACGACAAGUCUCUUUUCGAGCCUACAGUUGAUAUGAUGGUAAAUGACUUCGACGACGAGAGAACUCUAGACGAAGAAGAGGCUUUGGCGGCUGGCGAGCAGCAGGACCCGAAGGCAGAGUUGAAUAGCUUGCAGAGAGAGGGGGACAUGCCCUUGGAGGAGCUGCUCGCGCUGUACGGCUACGACAGGAGCAUGGACAAGCCCGCGCCGGAACCGACCCCCGAGGUCGUGCCUGAGGAGCCAGAGAAGGCUGAGUCCGCACUACAGCAGUUGUACACUGAGACCACAAGCCCAGAAGCCACUCGCUGCCUCCGCUCAGGCUCGCGGCCGCCCUCCGAGGAGGAGGACGACUAUGACUACAGUCCAGAUGAGGAGGACUGGAAAAAAACUAUCAUGGUCGGCAGCGACUACCAAGCUGGCAUCCCCGAAGGUCUAUGCAGUUACGAUGAUGCCCUACCAUAUGAAAAUGAGGAUAAACUAUUGUGGAACCCGACUGUUCUUGAUGAAAAAGUCAUCGAAGACUAUAUGAAAAAGAUAAGUGCUAUGAACUCUGGUACUGGAGUCGAAGCCGUUCCUUGUGGUAAACAGUUGCGCGAUGAUGAGGAAGCUCUGUUUUUAUUACAGCAGUGUGGGCAUAAUGUCGAGGAAGCUUUAAGACGAAGACGGAUCUCUGCCCAAACACCAGCCCACGCAAGUUUGUGGUCAGAGGAAGAAUGUCGCAAUUUUGAAAAUGGUCUCAAAGCUCAUGGCAAAGAUUUUCACCUAAUCAGACAGCAUAAAGUGAGAACUAGAUCAGUUGGAGAACUGGUACAAUUUUAUUACAUUUGGAAAAAGACAGAGAGACACGAUAUAUUUGCUAACAAAGCCCGUCUUGAGAAAAAAAAGUAUACAUUGCAUCCUGGGCAUACAGACUAUAUGGACAGGUUUUUGGAGGAGCAGGAAGCGUCAGGGGCUGGUAUGGUAAGACCGGCAUCACCGUCACCCAUGAUGGUGUAUGCACCAUCACCUGCCGCGCAGCCCGAUCCUUUAGCGUUGGGAGAGAAAGAGGUUUUCUCUCAGCUGAACACACACACAUCGCCCUCCCGAGCAUUAUCAACAGAAGACCAAGAGCCUGAAGCAGGUUCCUAAUACAUGCAUAUGGCGAUGCCAUUUAACGUAGAGAGCACUGUUUGUAUCAUAACUACAUCUUAUGGUGUAAAUGUUCCCAUGCAUGCAAUGCGACAUAAAUGCAUAUUGUGUUGUUUUACUUAUAGUUGUCAAAAAUCUUCUAGAUUCAAUAGAAAAAAGCAUUUUGUUUGGUUUAAUUUAAUAAUUAGGACUAAUUGUAAUGUAGUUAAAAGUCUAUAUAAGGUAAAAAAUGCUUGUUUGGAUGUUUGCAGAUGUUGUCCAAAAUUACUUUCUCCAUUUUUACUUCUAUUUGAACUGAAAAUAUUCAGAAAAAUAUUUUAUUAUUGUUUCCUAUACAAAACUAUAAUUUCUAUAUCAUAUAAUCAACUGCAAAUUAGACUGAUCUUAUUUUUUUUCGACUACAGUAUUUUAUGAUAAAUGUAUGUAUGAUUGUUAAUAAUAUUAUGUUUUUUUUUAACUUUUGAUUGUAGGGUUGGCCCUGUGCCAUUUUAAUUACAUAACGAUAAAAUAACUAUGCUAAUGCAAACAAAAUUGUCUAUAAUUAGUUAAGUACUACCAUAAGAACAAAUAACGCAUAAAUUAAUUGUUCUUAUAGCACUACUAUAUUUUGUAUGUUAGUUUUGCAUGCAUGAUAGUACUUGUUAAGGUAUAGAUUGGGAACUCGUAAGCUAAAAUGUUUGCUCUCCUCAAAUCUAGGUCCCCUGGGCCACACACAUCGCGAUAACAUUCGGGUGACAUUGAUACUUUCCAGGUAACCACGUUAAUUUGUACCAAACGACUGGACUAUAAUUAAAUUGAUAUAAAAAUUUGGGUACAUCUUCUCAAAAACAAGGACUGGUGCUAAAAGGGUUAAGUGACGUUUUGACAUUUGUAGAGGGCCUUGUAGAAGGGGAGGCUAUGGUGCUGAUUCACAGUGGAGCGAAAUAUUGCGACUAUGCAAAAAAGCACCGACGUAUACGCGAAUUUUUGACUACACAUCGCAAUAGCGUGAGUCUUCGGGUUAUCUCUAUUUGUAUGGCCCAGGGUAAAUGUGUAUGUAAAAGAAAAUAGCACAUAGGAUAAAUCGAAUUUUUUGAACAAAACAUUUAAAUUUUAACGGUUUUAGUGAUUCCUGAUCUUGGCAAAGAAAUUCCUUUAUUCAUGGACUAUUCAUACUUCUUUACUACUUUUAUUUGAUGACAAUACAAAUUUUAUAUGAAUGAAUGACCCCAAAUAAAUAAGGUAAAUUAUAUUAAUUGUAUAGAAAGUAUUUUAUUAGAAAGCAUAACAGUACAAUGUAAAUAAUGACUAAUACAUAAUUUAAUUUCCUUGCUUGUUUAUGGAUAGGGGAAUUAUGCUUCUGUAAGUACCAUACCAUGAAUGAUGCAAAUUAAGUGAGGAACAUGAUUUAUCAAUAAACAGUGGUAUGUCUA